GCGAGUACCUGGGCUUGUAUUUGUGCGAAUGAUUCCUUUACCAUUCUCCUUCUUCCUCCUCACCUCACUCACAUAUAGAUCUAGCAAAUAUCCAACGUUAUAGGACUAGUUUAUUUGACGCAUAUUUUUAUACCAAACCAACCAAUAACGGAGGUGUUCCAAGACACAAUGAGUCUCGACUCGUUCCAUUUGUUCCCCCGACUCCCACCCGAGCUCCGGCGUAAGAUAUACCUCCUAGCUACGCCGUCUCGCAUCGUCCACCUUCGAAAGAGAUUAGCAAAACCCUGGCUCGGGCGUUGGAAUGAAGUUGAACCCAUAGACUUUGACAAAUUCAAACUCCAUCCGCAUUUCUGUUUCUUCGCCAAGGAAUUUCACCAGAUAAUCUCGUUCUGCCAAGACUUACAAUCAUCGCCAAAUCCCCUCGAUGUACCUAGGCCCUUUGGAAUAAGACAGGUAUAUGCUGAACGCGAGUGGCGAUUUUUUGUGGAAGCCCGUUUCUACAGCAAAGCAGUUAUCCCUGCGCUGCUCCACACGUGUGUGGAAUCGCGCUCGGUGCUAGUCGAGUCUGGAUACGAGCUUGCCUUUGGAACUCGUUACCAUGAGCCGCGGACAUGGUUUCAUUUUGAAAAUGAUGUUUUGUAUCCCCAGAACGCUUUUGAUGGUUGCCUCUCAUUUCCUUCAAUGCUAUCAGCUUACUUCGAUUCACCUUUGGCAAGGUUGGAUAUCAACAGCCUUGAGAGAGUCCGGAAGAUAAUCCUCGAUAGCGCAUAUUUUACUCUACGCGAAUAUGGACGAGCUUCUUGCGUGGCUCGGUUAUUCCCCAAGCUUCUCAAGUUAUAUCUUGCUCCGUGGUUCCCUCGGGAUGAAUUAUUCGAGUCUGAAACCCGGCCACAGCAUGAAAGCAAAGAGAAUGUACAAAAGCGCCGUCGCCUCACCUAUAAAAGAAAGCCUUGGAAACAUGUCCCUGCCGAAGCGAUGGAUGUUUUAUUCCACGGCUGCGAUGAAUUUGAUAUCUACCCCCAGCUUUUUGCGGAUUCUCCGGGGUCUCCUGUACCUAGCCCUCGAGAUUUUCGAUCUCUUAUUGACGGACAGGUUCAGGCACAAUGGAUUGAAGAAAUAAAAGAUGCGGUUGCUAAAGAGCCUUUCAUGUUCCCCCAGGAGGUACCAAAAAUUGAAGUUGUACAUGUCUUCCCGGAAUACUAUGCUGAACGAAUAUUCAACGCUCGUCAAUACAUCUGGAAGCAAUACCUGCUAGCGCAACGCGAACUAGAUGCUCCUUUGCCUCGUCAACCGAGAUAUAUGGCAGAUAUAAUUGAUAUAAGGGAGGAGGUGAGUUCUGAUGCCUUGAGGGUACACGCUCUUCAAACAAGAUAUGGAGCAUCGCUGUCGCAGCGUCCACCGAGACAGGAAGUAAUAAUGGGACCAUGAGGGAUACAGCUAAUGUAUUUGAAUUAGGUAGUUAUUCAACUGUUUUGUAGCAUAGUUCAUUUUAUUUAAAGUAGUUAGACAAGAAUAAAAA